UGCUUCAUGUAGCUGCUUCACCUCUUUCUAUUGGGUCAAAAGGGGGAGUGUAAACAUAUAGAUUUCGCCACAUUUGAUGACUAAGUAUAGGAAAACUGUUUAUUGUUUUAUAAGUGGUACUUUUUUCGAAGCAGUCAGUCAAAGCAGUGUGUGUGUUACUGAUAUUAAGCAGAGGAGUGAACAGCCACAUCGCCUGGACUACUGCGCAGCGAAGGUAUAAGGAGUUGUCAAAGUCAUCCUGACCCUGUGUUGCCAUGGCGAUGCGGGAGCUGGUAGAGGCGGAAUGCGGGGGAGCCAAUCCCCUCAUGAAAUUGACUGGUCACAUGACCCAAGAAGGCGGGGCUUGGAGACACAGGUCAACUCCCACUAUCCCCCCCACGCCGAUUGAAAUAGCCACAGAGGAAGAGCUGGUGAAUGAGUUUCUACAGGCGCCCCCACGCCCUCCUCACAGUUUCGACAUGGGCCAGCUUUUAGAAGAAAUGCAGCAAAUUGACCAGCAAACCUACAGACAAGCCCCACAAAGAGCUCCAGACGUAGCUGCAUUGGCACUAUCGGGUGACUGGGCAGCAGAGUUCCUGUCUGGCGCUGACUCCGCAGUCUCUCCUGCUCAGGCGGGUUUUGAUGCAGCAGAUGCUGACUGGACCAGAGAAUUCAUCAAUGAAGUGGCAGACCCUGGGCGAUGGGCAGAAGAAUAUCUGGAGCAGUCGGAGGAGAAACUGUGGUUAGGAGAUCUGGGCGAGAAGGAGCAAGAGAGAGAAUGGACAAAAGAGUACCAACCAGGGGAGGAUCUGAAGCAAACAGCUAAUGAACUUCUUGCAAAGGUCGAUGACCCCAAGCUGCAAAACACAGAGUUCCUGCGGUUUGUUAGGCAGAUUGGCGAGGGCAGUGUGACUGUGGAGGACAGAGCAGGAAAGCAGCUCGCUGAUAAAGCACAGGCCAAAGAGGCACAGAACUGGGCGUCCAGCUUCACGCAGUUCCUGAAGGAAUCAGGGGGAGGGAGUGUACAAGUGGAAACUCAAGAUUGCAAAGAGAAGAAUGACCAAGCUAAAGCUAAACAGGCAGAACAUUGGGCUAAUCUCGUCAGUCAGGUAUCAGAGUCUGCUGAGUCCUGGGUGGAUGAGUUCACCGCGGCGGGACCCGAUUUUCAGCAGGCGAAAGCUGCCGUGGAGAGUGACAUCGAUUUCUGGGAAAAGCUGCAGGAGGAAUGGGAGGAGAUGGCUAAGAGAGAUGCCGAGGCUCAUCCCUGGCUUUCUGACUUUGACCAGCUGCUCAGCAACUCAUACGACAAGGGAUAUCAAUUUGAAGAAGAAAAUCCGUACCUGUCCCAUGAGGACCCGCUGGCAGAGGGAGUAAAGAGGAUGGAAGCUGGGGACAUUCCCGGGGCUGUGCGUCUCUUCGAAAGUGCAGUGCAGAGAGAACCAGACAACCAGCUGGCCUGGCAGUAUCUGGGAACAUGCCAAGCAGAGAACGAGCAAGAGUUUGCUGCCAUCAGCGCCCUCCGCAGGUGUAUUGAGCUGAAGAAAGACAAUUUGACAGCUCUCAUGGCUCUAGCGGUCAGCUUCACAAACGAAUCCCUGCACCGGCAGGCCUGUGAAACGCUUCGUGAUUGGCUGCGACACAAUCCAAAGUACUGUCAUAUUCUUGAGCAGAGGGACAGGGACAAAGAAAGGGAAGGAGUUCAAGAGAAAGAGAAGGAGAGAGAGAGAUUUGGAUCACUGCUGCCAGAGGCUCUGUUUAAUGAGGUGCAGACGUUGUUUUUGAGUGCGGCGGCUGCUGAUCCCACGCGAGUAGACCCUCAGCUGCAAUGUGGUCUCGGAGUUCUUUUCAACUUGAGUGGAGAGUAUGACAAGGCUGUGGACUGUUUUUCUGCUGCCUUGUCUGUUACUCCACAGGAUUAUUUGCUGUGGAAUAAGUUGGGAGCUACUCUAGCUAACGGAAAUCGCUCUGAAGAGGCUGUUGCUGCCUACAGAAGGGCGCUUGAGCUGCAGCCUGGCUUUGUGCGCAGUCGCUACAAUCUGGGCAUUAGCUGUGUUAAUCUGGGAGCUCACAGGGAAGCGGUGGAACAUUUCCUUGAGGCGCUCUCUCUUCAGAGACAAGCUGCCGGUGUGGAAGGAGGUGCAAGUCGGGCACCAGGCUCUGCCACUACCAUAAUGUCGGACAACAUAUGGUCCACCUUGCGCAUGGCACUGAGCAUGAUGGGAGAGAGUUCGUUGUACACUGCUGCUGACCGCCGAGAUCUGGACACGCUCCUGGCACACUUCUGCCAGAGGGACGGAGAGACAGACUGAAGGAGGGAUGGGGGAAAGGAUGUAGCAUGCGAGUGUGGGGAAAGGUGUUUUGGAAGUAUGGAAAAUAGUUUAAGGAAUAAAGAGAGUUGUUAGAGAUGGACGACAAGAACAAAGAAGAGGAAACGAAUUAAACGAGUGUGAAAAACUCAACUCAUGCACUACAUACUCUGAAUGGACGGAUUGACUAGUGAUAAUUGGUGGCUGCUCUUAAGAUUUGGGUGUAACAGUAAAAAUGAUGCCUCAUUACACUAUGUCAUUCAAAGCUCCACAGAAAUUAAUGCAAGGUUCGAUUGUAUGGAUAACCACGAGUCCAUCGUGUUUCCUUUUAACUUUGUUAGUCACUGAUAUGGUUCGUCUCGACUACAUUUCAACUACUAGAGAACAGUUAUUUCACUAAAAAGAGGCUUUCCUCUAUGUUAAGUGCUGAACAUGUAUAUGACUUUGGAAGGAAUAAAGACUAAAGAGACUUAUUUGUGUGUGAAAUUGUUUGUAAACCACUAAUAAUUUUGAUUUGUAAGUUACAAUGUUGAAAUGAACGUUAUUGUCAGCGACGAAGAAAGGACGAGAAACCUGAGGAUGCAUGCUCGCCUUUUCUCCUUUGCUCCUUAUCUAAUUUGAUAAAUAAUCCUGCUGUAAAUUAAUUAGCUUAAUUGUAAAUGCUGCCAUCUUGUGUACCAUAAUUGUAUUAUUAUUAUUAUUAUGAUGAUGAUGAUGAUGAUAAUGCCGGUUUGAAUAUAGCCAACUGACUGUAUGAUUAUAUAUGUAACCCAAGCAAUAAA